GUUUGGGCCUCCUUUCUGAUUGACUCCUUUCUUCUGGAUACCUACUCCGUAUAUAUCGUUCUUCUUGUAUAGAACAGAUCAUUCCAGUUCUCCAUACCGCGCCUGAGAAGCUCCAUUUACAUAUCCACGACAACCAUGAAGAUCAAUCCCGCCCCUCUCCAUCUGGCACAAGCCAUUAUCAUCGGCCUCUGCGCUGCGCUCAGUGUCGCCAUUCUGGGUACCUCAGCACACACCCUCGAUGUCUUCAACAAACAGCAGAGUUCGAAUCCAUGGUGGUUGCCCCUAUGGCCACAGCACUUUGACGUCGCUGGUACAAAAGCGCUGAUCGGAAGCGCUGCAUCGGUCUUCGUGCUCUCAACUGUGUUCCUCGUCCUCGCUUUGGUUCCUUCUUUCAACCUCGUCAACCGUCCCACCCUCCGUGCCCUCCUCGCAAUCGGAACGACAAUCCCCUCCGCUCUCGUCACCCUCGUAACCGUCAUCUACGCCCACAUCCUCAACAACGACACCCCCGAGCUUGACACUAUCCAGACCUGGACCUGCAAGUAUAAGAAUAGCCAGCCCUUACAGCAGGAUCUGGGCAUGCCAGCGAACAUGGGGAACGGCAGCUUUGGAAGCUUGUGCAAGCAGAGUAAAUUCGCGCUAUAUGGCACUCUGACCGUAUUCCUUCUUCUCGUCGCGAGCUUUGGUCUUACGAUUGUGACGUGGUUAGCCGAUAAGUGGGCUACGCGACAGAACAGGAAGGAGAUGGAGAUGAGCGGUCAGCAAUCCUAACCACUCUUUGCCAUCGACACAUGCGGAUUCCUUGGAAUAGGAUGACACACAUGCAAAAGCCGUUGCACGUCGCCUAGUGUUUAUGUAUGCGGAACUGCAUCAGCUGCCAGGCCGGCUCGCGGCGCGAAAACCAGGCGAGGGUAAUGGAGGAUGAAAUGGCUGUUACAGACAGACCAACGACGCAAUGCUUA